AUGUCUGGCGAAAACUAUCGAGCUGAGACGCAUAAAGUUAAUGGCAAUAAUUAUUUCAAAAGAAAAGAAUAUGACAAUGCAAUCAAGGAAUAUACUGCAGCAAUUAACCAAAACCCUCGGAACGCUGUUUAUUACACAAAUCGCGCGUUAUGUUAUCUGAAGUUGAAAAAAUAUGAUAGUGUCGUAUUAGACUGUGAGUCAGCCAUAAGACAAGAUAAGAGGUCAGUGAAAGGACAUUACAUGUUAGGUCAAGCUUUAACAGAAAAAGGUGAAUUUGAGUUGGCAAUCUUUAACCUACAGAAAGCAUAUGACCUAGACAAGGACAAGUUCUCUUACUCUGGAGAAAUUAUUCAGGCCUUACUUAGCGCUCGGAAAAAGAAAUGGGAGCGGGAGGAACGGAUCCGUGUUCAACGAGAGUCAGAAUUUCUGAAAUAUAUCAAAGGUCUAAUUAACGCUGAACGUGACAGGCAACUUCAGAAAGUUUCCUCAAAGAGUUCAAUGGCAGCCACUUUUUCAAAAUUUGUCAAUUCACAUCCGCCUGAUGUCCAAGAGAGAAUCGAUCACAUCAACAAGAUACACAAUGAAAGACUUUCUCAGACAGAACAAAUUUUUGCACAGUCGGACGAAAACCUUCGGUCACGAAGCGUUCCAGAUUAUUUUUUGGACAAAAUAUCUUUCAAUAUUAUGCAUGACCCUGUCGUUACCCCGUCGGGGAUUACAUAUGAACGCGUACAUUUGAAAGAACAUUACAAAAGAAACGGAUAUUUCGAUCCCCUGUCUAGACGCCAACAUGACGAAUCGGAACUAUAUCCAAAUUUGGCGUUGAAAGAGGCAAUCGAAGAAUUCCUAAAUAAAAAUGGUUGGGCAGCGGAUUAUUAA